AUGAAUCCUUGUCGGAUUUCUCUGCUGGCUAGGCUCUUUUUCGAUUCGGUUGGAAUAACGCUCUUGAAUUCAAAUCGCUUUUGUCUUUUGAAUAAUGAAACGGAUUGUGUUACUAGAUACAUCAAACCAAAUUACGCGGUUAAUUUUGAUACCAUUUUUGAUGAUAUUUUGGACUGUGACAAAAAUGUGACAAAUCGAGAUGUUUUUUUUGCUAUUAAAACCUUCAGUGAUUAUCAUAAAACUCGUAUCACUGUUGUGAAACGAACGUGGGCGAGAACGGCGAAAUAUGUGGAAUAUUUUAGCGAUCAACAGGAUCAUUAUAUUCCAACCAUCGUUCUUGGCAUUAAUAAUACAAAAAGAGGUCACUGUGCCAAAACUUUAUCGAUUCUGAAACACUUCUUGUCCCAUAAUGAAGCUAAAUAUAUGUCGUGGUUUGUAAUUGCCGAUGAUGAUACUCUUAUCAGUGUUCGGCGGCUUUAUAGAUUAUUGUCUUGCUAUGAUGCAAGAUUAAAGCUCAUAGUUGGUGAGAGAUAUGGCUAUGGUUUUAGUGGUGUUGGCUUAUAUGGUUAUGAUUAUCCUACCGGCGGAGCAAGUAUGAUAUUCACGCAAGGAGCUAUGCAAAAAAUGGCUAAGAGUUGUAGCUGUCCUAAUGUUGACUCUCCAGAUGAUAUGAUAAUUGGUAAGACCCAUAUAUCCAUUAAAAGUGUUGACAAUGGGUAUUUUGCAGGUAUGUGUGCUCGACGUUUUUUCAUACCCAUUAUUCAUUCAACAGCGUUUCAUCAAGCUCGUUCUGUUGACUAUCCUCGCUUAUAUCUCGAGAAAAUACCACCUAUUUCAUUUCACAAAUUUGAGGACAUUGAUCCUUACGAAGAAUAUGCAACUUGGCUUCACGAUACUGACUCUAUUCCAGCUAGUCGACCUCUUCAUUCAGAACUGUAG